AUGAUGAUGAUGAUGACUGGCCGUGUGCUGCUGGUGUGUGCCCUCUGCGUGCUGUGGUGCGGUGCCGGCGGGGUUUAUGCGAGGAACCCCGACAACAAUUCACUGGGCGGCUACAUGGCGUCGAGAGGGUUUGGAAGGAAUAAGUCGUUUUUGUCAAACGGAUCUAUUAAAAACUUAUCUACACCGCUUUUGCUGUCAGCAUCGUUUAUCUCUGCUAUAAAAGCCGAAGCUCGUGAAGGAAAAGUUCCUUCUGCAAGAGUUACUGAUUCACAUUUAAGUGGAGCCGCGGGUCUUAGUCCUGCUUUUUCCGGUCCUGAUGCUGCUAUUGCCCGUCCCACUGUUCCCGGUCAUGUUCCUGGUGCUGCUAUUCCUGGUGCUGAUUUUUCCGCUCGUGUUCCUGCUUUUUCCGGUCUUGGUUCUGCUGGUCCUGUUCAUGGCCCUGUUUCUGCUGCUGAUGCUAUUCCAGGUGCUGCUGUUCACGGUCACGGUGCUGGUCCCGGUCAUGGUGCUGCUGCUUUUUCCGGUCUUGGUGCUGCUGGUCCUGGUGCUAUUCCUGGUCCUGCUCCUGUUCGUGGUCCUACUUUUUCUGGUCCUGAUGCUAAUAUUUUUGGUGCUCCCGUUCCCGGUCAUGGCCCUGCUGCUAUUCCUGGUGCUCCUGUUUCCGGUCAUGGUCCUGGUGCUAUUCCUGGUGCUCCCGUUCCCGGUCAUGGCCCUGGUGCUAUUCCUGGUGCUCCUGUUUCCGGUCAUGGUCCUGGUGCUAUUCCUGGUGCUCCCGUUCCCGGUCAUGGCCCUGGUGCUAUUCCUGGUGCUCCUGUUUCCGGUCAUGGUCCUGGUGCUAUUCGUGGUUCUCUUCGUGGUUCUGCUGUUCCCGGUGAUGAUGAUGCUUUUUCCGGUCUUGGUGAUGCUAUUAUUGCUGAAGCUGUUCCCGGUGCUGCUGCUGCUUUUUCCGGUCAUGCCGCUGCUGUUCCCGGUCAUGCUGCUGGUCCUGCGGGUGCUGGUGAUGGUCCUGCUUUUUCCGGUCUUGUUCCUGCUGUUCCCGGUGCUGGGCAUUCGGUUGGUGGUGGAAGUGAACCUCCGGACUCUCGCUCUGUCGUUAUUUCCUCAAGUCAAGGUGGCAAUGCAAAAACAGCCCCGGUCAGUGUUUCAUCCGAUGAGCAGAUUGCAUCCCCAGAAGAAGUUUUGCCACAAAAAGAAACAGGGAGUCAGGGCACCUCUUCGCCCGAAGGACAGCCGACCGUGUCAUCCAACACUGAAAAGCAAAGAAACAAUUCUGCCUCAGCAGGGAGUCACAGUCUUGGCCACGACGCCGCGGGAGAUGAACUCCAAGACUCUUUGGAAGAACAACAGAAAAAUGACCAUUCACAAACGAACGAGACAAAAAAAUCAUCAGGGGACCAAAAUACAGAAUCCCAACGCAGUGGAGGAGCACUCUCGGAAGUAUCCAACACAACAACGCAUGGGAUAAAAACUCAACAGCCAAAGAAAAAUUCAGUAAAUGAGAAGAACUACAGUCAAAACACGGAUGCAUCCCACUCCACCUCCCCUCUUUUGCUUCUUGUUGUUGCGUGUGCUGCUGCGGCUGCGGUGGUGGCCGCGUGA